GUUAUAGUCCAGAGGUCUCUGUCAGCCAAGUCUUUGUCUCAUGCCAAAGCAGGCAGUGUGUUGGGAGGCUACCUCAAACUGCUGCCCAUGUUCUUCAUUGUCAUGCCAGGCAUGAUCAGCCGAGCACUAUUCCCAGAUGAGGUAGGUUGUGUGGCUCCAGCAGAGUGCCAGAGUGUGUGUGGAGCUUCAGUUGGUUGCUCCAACAUCGCCUACCCUAAACUAGUGGUGGAGCUAAUGCCUGUGGGUCUUCGUGGUCUGAUGCUGGCAGUGAUGUUAGCUGCUCUGAUGUCAUCUCUGACCUCCAUCUUUAACAGCAGCUCCACUCUGUUUACACUGGACCUCUACCACAGAGCCAGGCCUAAAGCUUCAGAGAGGGAACUCAUGAUUGUUGGAAGGGUUUUCAUCCUGUUCUUGGUAUGUGUUAGUCUGUUGUGGAUUCCAGUCAUCCAAACAGCCAAUAGUGGACAGCUGUUUGAUUAUAUCCAGUCAGUGACCAGCUUUCUAGCUCCGCCAAUUACUGCUGUAUUCCUAAUGGCUAUCUUCUGGCCACGUGCCAAUGAGCAGGGUGCAUUCUGGGGUCUCAUGACUGGACUAGUGGUGGGACUAAUCCGCAUGGUUCUGGAGUUCUCCUAUAUAGCUCCUUCCUGUGGUCAGCCUGAUCAUCGGCCUGCUAUCCUGGCUAAUGUCCACUACCUGUACUUUGCUCUUAUCCUGUUGGCUCUCACUUGCCUUAUCGUUGUUGGUGUCAGCUUGACCACUACACCAAUACCUAAAGAACAUCUGUACCGGUUGACUUGGUGGUCCAGAUAUAGCCAGGAGCCUCGGAUCGACCUUACAGGUCCUCGCAUGAUCUCUGACCCAGUGAACUCUGACUACAGCCCUGACUCUGAACUUUUGCCAGAUUCCUGGUGGCGGAGAGCUGCUCUGUGGCUAUGUGGUCUGACAGGUCCGAGCUCUGGCUCUGUAUCUCCAGUGAUUGAAAACAGUGAACUAAACUCUCUACAGGAGGAGCCAUUCUGGAGUAGAGUCUGCAGUGUUAACGCCCUGCUACUACUGGCUGUUAAUGUGUUUCUCUGGGGAUACUUUGCCUAAUGUGCAGGUUUCAUGAAAUCCUGAACCCGGUAUUAUCAGUAAGAUUGUCUUGAAAAUUGAUGUACUGACAUUUGGUCUUACGUUGAAAAUGUUUGAUAAAAUGAAAGGCUUUUAUCAGGACAGACUUCUCUAAUAAUGAUCAUUGUACACACAAGAUUUGUAUUCACUAUUUAAACAUUUUUAAAAAGAAAGCUGAGUGAAACCCACUUAAGUGACUAUGAUGCAGUUAUCCGGACACUCCUACCUAUCUGCCUAUUAGGGAAAAGGAAAAAAUGUAGUCCUUAUGAUCUUUUAUUGCCACUCAUAAUCCAUGUUGUGCUUGUUAUAUAAUGAGUAAUGCACCCUUUUUGUGCCUUCUCAAGUGAAGCAGUACACCAUAUUGAGAAGUAAUCCCUCAGUAUUUCAUGAUUAUCUUAUCAUUACUUACUGUUUCUUAAAAGAUAGUAUGUUCAAGUCUGUUCUCUAUUGACUGAACAUUAUGUAGUUUUUGAGUCAGUAAAUCAGGAACUACUUAUUAGUGAUUUGUCAAUCUUCAGGACUUUCCUGGUCAUUUUGUUUUGUAAUUUUGUGUACCAAAUUAUGUAUUACUCAAAUUUCUACCAGAUAAAUUUGAAAUAUAACAUGGUGUUAUUUCAGUUUCCACUGAUAUUGGAAUGAACUUUUUUAUGUUGCUUUUAUGUUUUAUGUAAAGCACUUUGAAUGACCUUGUUGUUGAAAUGUGCUAUACAAAUAAACGUGCCUUGCCUUG